AUGGCUCCCGCACGUAACGACGAGUUGUUCACAACGCCAGCCAAUGGCGGCCAAGAGCCACUCAACAUCAAGUCCAAGUCCACUGAGGGCAGACUUAUGCAUCGCUCCCUGGUUCAACAUCCUUCCAUGGUCGAGUCGGCAAGCGGUGUCUACUUGAACCUCGCCAACGGCAAGUCCGUCAUCGAUGCCUGCGGUGGCGCCGCCGUUGCCUUGAUCGGCCACCGAAACGAGGAAGUCAUCCAAGCCCUCGCCGACCAAGCGCGGAAAGUCAGCUACGUCCACACGCAAGCGUACACCACACAACCGGCCGAAGAGCUGGCGAACCUGAUCCUCGAAGGAAACCCCCACGGCCUCGAAAAGGCCUUCUUCGUCGGCAGCGGGAGCGAGGCGGUCGAGUCUGCGCUGAAGCUCGCGCGCCAAUACCACUUUGAAAAGGGCCAAUCCCAGAGACUGCACUUCAUCGCGAGACGUCAGGCAUACCACGGCAACACCAUGGCGUCGAUGUCGAUUUCAACUGUCGGAGCGCGAAAGGUCCCGUACCAAGGCUUCUGCUACCCUCACGUGUCGUACGUCUCACCCGCCUACGCCUACCAGUACCAGAGAGAAGACGAGACAGAGGCAGACUUCACUGCCCGCCUUCUCGCAGAGAUCGAGGCCGAGUUCCAACGGGUUGGACCAGAGAACGUCAUCGGCUUCGUUGCUGAGACGAUGGUCGGUGCUACGGCAGGAUGCGUGGCACCUCCAGCGGGAUACCUCAAGGGCGUCCGAGAUAUUUGCGACAAGCACGGUGCUCUGCUGAUUCUCGACGAAGUCAUGUGCGGCACCGGCAGGACAGGCACCUUCUUCGCCUUCGAGCAGGAGGGCGUCGUGCCGGACAUCACCACCAUCGCCAAGGGUCUCGGAGGAGGCUACGGCCCGAUCGCCGGCGUGCUCAUGCACGAGAAGGUCGUGACCGCGCUGCGCCAGGGCUCUCAGGCCUUCAACCACGGGCAUACAUACCAGGCUCAUCCUAUUGCGUGCGCCGCUGCUUUGGCGGUGCAGCGGAUUCUGAAGAGGGAGAAUCUUGUUGACAGGUGUGCUCAGAUGGGCAAGCUUCUGGAGAAUCUGCUGCGCACCGAGCUCAAGGACUGCAAGUCUGUCGGCAAUAUUCGCGGCCGCGGCUUAUUUUGGGCGGUUGAGUUCGUCAAGGACCAGGAGACGAAGGAGACCUUCGACCUCAAGCAGCGCUUCGGGCUGCGCAUUCAAGAGAGGGCGUUCCAGAAGGGCGUUGCGCUGUAUCCUGGCGCAGGAACUGUUGAUGGAAAGAGGGGAGACCAUGUCUUGCUGGCGCCACCGUUCACGACGACAGAAGAGCAGCUGAGGAAAAUCUGCAGCGUGUUCCGGGAAGCAGUUGAGGAGAUCGAGGCAGAGACAACUUGGUGA